UUUCCCACCGUCUUCUGUUUAUUAAAUCUGCCCUUUACUUUGCCGCCUUCUCUUCUUUUCCCCUUAUUCAAAGUCUAACAAACAAACAAGAAAGGCCCUUUUAAUUCAUUCAAGUUUACAAAGUUCAUAUCUUUUUUCUAAACUAGACGAAUUUUUUCAAUGGGGUUUUCGAAGAAACAUCAAUUAGUGGAUGGAAGCAAAGAAGAAAACAAAAUGUGGGUAAUUGCUGGAAUAGCAUUUAGGCCUAAUAAACUGAAAUCUAUAUCCACAAAGCCAAACAGAGGAGGAGAAGAAGAAGUAGAAGAAGAAGAGAGGUCAACAACUCCGACAACAAGAGAUUCAAGGAUACCGGAAAAGCUACCAUGUCCACCGGCUCCGGCGAAACGCCGACCAGUAUCAACAUGUCAUUAUAAUGGUGCUAGAGAGUUCUUUAAUCCACCAGAUCUUGAAUCAGUAUUUAUUAUUCGACAUGUGUAGAGGGAAAAUUAUUAAACAAGAGUUAGCACAGGGCCAAAAAGAAAAAAAAUAGAGUCCCCUUUUGCUCUUGUUCUGUUUUUUUUCUUCUUCUUCUUCUUAAGUUUUAUUAGGUUUUUCAGAUUUAGAUAAUGAUAAUGUAAUAUACAGAAUAGUCAGUAGAUUAAGCUAGUUUAGUUCAGUUUCUAUCUAUAAAUCUAUGAAAAUUCUCAGUAUUAUCGUCUUCUA